GUGUGGUUGGAUUGUCGGCGAUUUCCGGCCAUUAUCUGACCCGUUAUCGGUGCAUCAAGAGUCCAUUUCCCAGUGCAAAGUCGACCGACCGACCGACCGAGCAUGGGCCGCGCGUGCUCGCUGACCGAGUGGGCCCACUUUGUCAAGACGAGCCACAAGGCCAACCUCUCGUACUGGUGGGUUUACUGCCGCCACUGCGUCAUCGCGGCCAUUACGUCGUCGUCGCCGCCGGGCAGAAACAUUGCCAGCAUCAACACGCCCGACGCGCUGCAGGCGUUCAUUGGCACGCUGCCGCCGCCGACCGCAGCAUCGACGACCGAGCCGCGCCCGCUCGUCGGCCGGCGCUCGGUCAUGAAGGCCCACCUCGCGCAAUGCCUUCAUGCGUCGGCGAUCCCGCCCAACCCGAUCAUCAAGCGGCGCGCCGGCAAGCGCGGUGUGCACUGCGCGAUCGCCGAGUGGGCCCACUUUGAUCGGCUCGAGCAAGACGGGUACAUUGGCAACAGCAACUACUUUCCAGUGCGCUGCAAGCACUGCGUGGCAGCGCAUGGCAGCGGUCGCCGGCCGACGCCGCCCGAGGUAUUCGCAGGCCGCAAAGAGAGCAUGCGCAGCCACUUGGCGCGUUGCUCCUUCUUCACGGGCAAGCUCCCGGCCAAGCGCACAAAGGACGCAUCCAAGCUCGCGCUCAACGAGUGGCAGUUCUUCAUCCAGCUCGAGCGCCAGCCCAACACGUACUACCACUACGCCAAGUGCAAGUUUUGCACCGACGCGUACGAGGCUGCGCGCGCCAACGGGCGCGAGAUGCUGCCGCCCAAGGUCAUUCUCGGGCGCAAGCACAACAUGCAGACGCACCUCGCCAACUGCGAACACAUUCUCAACCACGAGGCGGUGUUGGAUGAUAUUGUCAUGUCGAGCGACGACAAUAAUGACAACGACGACGACGACGACAGCAUCGACCGCCCGAUGCCGUUUCCCAGCGCCGAGACGCCGCGGUUGCAGGCGCUCGCGACGUCGGCGACCGCAUCGCCGCUCGCGCGCCUCUUGCAUCUGCCGGUCGACAAGCCGUCGCCGCUCACAUCCAACGCGAGUCUCUCCCGAGUGAGCUCGAUCGAGAGCAACGGCGGUCGGCCCGGCGCAAGCAGUGAGCUGGACACGGUCGACGCCGUCGUGGCGUUCACGCUUGAACACAAUCUACCGUUCACGUGGGUCGAGUCCCAAGCGAUGCAAGUGCUUUGCCCGCACCUCCCGACGACGGCCGAGCUCGCGGGCCCGAUCCUCCGGCGGCUGCUGCAGUCGUGCGAGGCAACGCUUCUCACGCGUUGGCGUGAGAUGCACCAAGGCGGCGGCUGGACGCUCGUCGUACACUUGCUCGACGAAAGCGAGUCGACGGCGACAUUGGUCGCGUGGGUCGUGCACCCCAACGGCCUCGUCCUUCCGUCCAUGUUGGAUGCGUCGUUGACGUUGACGUGUCCGCUGCCAUUGCUGCCGCAAACCCUCCAGCGGCAUCUCGCGCAGUGCGAGCGGCAGCAGCUCCACGUCGUCGCGGUCGCGCUCCCGCCGUCCGCUGCCUGCUUUGGCCACCUGCCCGCGCAGUUGCCGCAUGUCUUGUUUGUGACGUCGCCACGAAGCGUGGUGCGCCGCCUGCUGCAUGGCGUGCUCGCGGACGAGGCCGUCUUCUUUGCGCUCAAGCGGCUCUGCCUCUUGCGAUCGCUGCCCGCCCACCUCUCGGAAGUCUCGUCCUGGCUGCACCAGACGCUCCAGAGCCACUUUGUCGAUAUGGACACCCGCAUCGUGCUUGAAGCCACCGCGCCGCUCUUCUUGCAUCUGAGCCGUCUUCCGCGCGCGCUCUCGCUGGCAGCCACGCUGCAUUUGUUUGGCCAGCUCUACAGCGCGGUGCGGCGACUGCCGUUAGCGCUCGAUCGGCUACAACAAGCGCUGCUCGAACACCUCGAGCUCAGCUGGAGUGCGGUCGAGCAGCCGGUGUACGUUCUUGCGUACGCACUGCACCCGCACUACCGCGACAGCGCGCUACGGAAGACGCGAAGUGUGUUCAAGUGGAGUGCGCUCUGUGACGUGGCGUGCUACUACUAUGAGCGCUGGUUCCGGACAAGACCGACGACGCUUCGCGGCGACGUCAUGGCGUUUGCCCAUGUAACGCAGCAGAUUUACGCACCGAGCGUCCUCGCUGAGUUUCCGAGCGCGAGCGACUAUGUACUGUACCUGAUGGAUCACGCGCCCGAGCUGGCAGCGCUCAUGGAUCGGCUGCACGCGACAACGACAAGCUUCGAGUUUGACCCGAUUGAGCGACGUGAUGACAGCGCAGACGUGCUCCAAAGCGUCCAGUACAUUGCCUACUGCCAGUCGCGCCCAGCAAGACCGACAGAGUCGGACCUCAUGCCGGACGCACGGCUCGUGCAGUGGCGAUCGCGUGUGGCAGCGAACGCUGCGCAGUGCGGUACGUACUCGACCGAGGACGCGCAGCGCACAACCAAGAUAUCACUCCACGAGCUCUUUGAGAGCUAGCGCUUGUAGCUAGUCGACGACCACGAUCGCAGUGGUCGUUGUUACUUGUACUUGUAAUAACAUAUUGUCGGCCGCGUGCAGCUGCCGUUCGACCGUUG